AGAAAACAGUUCGGCCAGAGAGAGAGGCGAGGCCGGCGCCGCCACCUCCCUCGGCCGUCGGCCGCUCCCCUGCCAGACGUCGCCGAUUGGCCCUCUCAUUCCGCUCGUCGGAUCGCUCCCCUCUCCCCUGUCAGCUGCCGCGGAGACGCCGACGCCAGCUAGCCCGAUCCCAUCACGGCGCCGCGCGGCCCCCUCUCCUCGCCGGCUCGCCUCCAACCUGCAGGGUGCCGUAGCAAGUUAAGCAAGCCGUCCUGUUUCUUGAAAUGUCGGCACCAACACCUACUCCCUGUGGUUCCAAGAGUGCGAGAGGCAACGGGAAUGGUGUCGACAGGCUCAGCAGCCUGUCCGACGAUAUGCUCCACCUUGUGAUGUCCUUCCUGCCGAUGCCAGAGGUCGUGCGCACAAGCCUUCUCUCACCAAGAUGGCGCUUUCUUUGGUGCUCUACACCCUUCAUCCGCAUCGACGGCGAAGACUUCGUGGAUAAUCGCAAGCUGGAGAAUUUCAUUGACUGCUUGCUGCUCUUGCGUGACUAUACCGCUUCCUUGGAUGAAGCCCGAAUCUCUCCCUGCUGCGUUGAUUGUACCAAAUGUUCCGUGUGGAUUCGCCAUGCCAUCAUGCACAAAGUUCGUCUCCUUGAUAUUUCUGGACCUCUCAGUUUGGAUAAGACAGCAAUAUUUCCUUCUCAGCACCUCAAAACAAUCAGGCUCCAAGCUGCCAUGUUGAGACAUGGGUUUUUUAGGCCGUUGAACUACGACUGCCCUGUGCUUGAACAUUUAGGGCUGGAGUUGUGCACUUUCUGGGGCCAUGAGGAGAUCUCAUCAAGGUCGCUCAAGGUUCUGCAUAUCAGUCGGUGCUACCUCACCCCCAGUCUCCUGAUUUGUGCUAGGAACCUUACCAAUCUCUCUAUCCUUGACACAGACAUUGGUGGUAUAGUAACUAGGGAUCUGUCUUCUCUGGUAACAGCUUCGAUCAGUCUAAUAUCCAAACAUUUUUAUCAUAGUGACACAGUAGUAGUGGGGCAUCAUCUACUUGAUGGCCUUUCACAUGCCACAACGUUGGAGCUGCAUGCGCCAUUACAUGAGCGUGCAUUUGAGAGAGGUUUGCCAACAUGCCCCAUGUUCAGCAAUCUGACAAGCUUGGUCCUGGGAGAUUGGGUCAUGACUGCUGACUUCUACCCACUGCACAGUAUUCUCCAGCGCUCGGACAAUCUGAAGGAGCUAACUGUGAAGCUCAAAAUGGAGGAGUGCAGCAUAUGCAAAGCCUUGCCGUUAACAAGGAGAGCGUCGCUGUCGGGCUCAGGCAGCCACCCUUGCAUCGAGAGGAUCAAAAUCUACUGCCAGAAAGAUCAUCUGAGGGUCGGUGAGCUGGUGCAGGCGUUGGUACCGACUGCCUGCAAUGCGAAAGUCAGCAUCGAGCGGCCCUGAUCCGGUCCAUGUUAACCAAGACCUCGUUCUCAAAGUUGAUUUCUUAAGACAAGAGUGUUUUGGAGACACUGACGUUCCCUGGUCCAUGUGUGUGAUGGUUGUUGGAUCUGAACUGCUUCGUCAAUGGAAGCUGGUUGAUGGAUUCUGGUGGGUAUUCAGUCUAGUUUCCCCAACUUUCCCGUGCUUGAACAAUUAUACCUGGAGCAUUGCCCUGUGUGGACAACGGCUGCAAAAAUCUUUUCGAAUGCGAAUGUGAGCUUCUGAAUUUC